GUAGUUGCAGAGCAUUAUAAUAAAAAAAUGGGCGGAGUAGAUUUAACAGACAACAUGCUCCAUUUUUAUGCACUUAAAAAAAUAUUACAGAAAAAUAUUUCCUCACUUCCUAGAUAUAACUGCAUUAAACAGUUACAUCCUUUACAGAAAACUUGGUGGUAGGAAGUCACGUCUGACCUUUGUAAUAGGUAUAGCUGAAAAGCUGAUAGAAAAAUAUGGAAGAGAUACCUAAGUAUUGUAAUGCAGGUAGACGAAAAAGGUCUGUAGUAUGUAGAGAGAGAGGCAAGAGGAAAUAGAGUAUAUAUUGGUGCGAAUCAUGUAAAACUGGACUGUGUACAGCGCCAUGUUUUGGUUUAUAUCAUUCGUAGUGUAGUUGAAUGAGCUUUUUUG